UGUGUUUGGGUUCAAUCGGAAAUCGGAAGUACGUCACCAGUCAGCUUCCGUUGCCAUUUUGACGAGAAGAGCCGAGCGCCUGGUGGGACUGCGUGUUUAUCGUUCGUGGGUUUAAUUUGAACGAAACAACCCGUCACAAUGGCUAUGCAAGCAGCAAAACGCGCUAAUAUCCGAUUACCUCCUGAGGUGAACAGAAUCCUGUAUGUCAGGAAUCUUCCUUAUAAGAUCACAGCAGAGGAAAUGUAUGAUAUCUUUGGGAAAUAUGGACCAAUACGACAAAUCAGAACAGGGAACACGCCUGAAACAAGAGGAACCGCUUAUGUCGUAUAUGAAGACAUCUUUGAUGCCAAGAACGCCUGUGACCACCUGUCAGGCUUCAAUGUCUGCAAUCGUUACCUCGUGGUCCUCUACUACAAUGCAAACAGAGCUUUCCAGAAAAUGGACACAAAAAAGAAAGAAGAACAGCUGAAGUUGCUAAAAGAGAAAUACGGCAUCAACACAGACCCUCCAAAGUAGUCUUCAUAAAGCAUUUCUUUUCAGUUCUAGAUGUGACAUGUUGCUCUGUUUGGACUGGUUUGUUCUAGUACAGUUGUUGCUUAUACAUCCUUAUUUUGGUUUUCUGAUUUUCAUGAUCAAAUCUGUAUGAACCUGGUUACACCGUCAGUAUUUGAGUUCAGACCAGGGCAAAAUCUGCUUGUCAGUUUAACUUUAAAUUUUUGUUGUGUUCCUGUCAAAGUGAUUGACAAGCGAGACAACCUCUUUAGCAGGAGACACGUCCUAGUUUUCACCCAGGGCAACAUGUUAAAGUCUGCUAGAGCACAUUGCUUUUCUCUCCAUACUUUUAAUUUAAAGCUGACCAUGGAUUUUCAUUUCUAUAAAAUAAAUCUUUUUUUCUAAAA